AUGUCCUGCGAUCUCGAGUCCCUGCCAAACAGAGACCUUGCAGAGGAGAUCGAAGCCAUCAACGCUAUAUAUGAUCCGGACACGAUAACCAUUGAUUCUAUCAGCAGCAGCAAAUCGUCCGACAACGUGCCGCAGACACUCGAUCUGGGGAGCGCCAACCACCAAACCGUCAACACAACGACAAAACUACAGAUUCCCAACCACCCGCAUCUAUCUUUCGUGAUUGGAUUCGAUGCAAAAUACCCCGAAACGCCACCGAGAGUCAUUGGGACCGCAUCGACCGCCUCUCGCGGCGAAGGGAGAAUAGCGGUGGACGUUUUAGAAGACAUCAUACGCCGGACGCAUCAACCCGGCCAAGUAUGCCUAUUUGAGGUAAUCAGCGAAGCUAACGAAAAAUUCGAGGAACUGAGCAUUGGAGUGGCGGACGACGGGGUAAAGAAUGAGAACAAAAUAGAAGGAAACGACAAUGAUGACGCAGAGGACGGAUUCAAAGACUCGUUCGCAACCUUGUCUCUUCGCGAUGCGUUUGGCAUCGAAAGCGCCCCCGAAUGGAUUUUGUCAGACGUGAUGACGGAGAAGAAGUCCGUCUUCGUUGGGCGGGUAGUACAUGUCACAGAUAGAGAGCAUGCGCAGGCUUAUCUGGAUCAUCUCAUUGCAACGGACAAAAAAGUCGCGGCUGCAACUCACAAUAUCAGUGCCUGGCGUAUUCGAGAGAAGAAAGAUGAUAAUUCAGAGACCACGGUUCAAGACUGCGACGACGACGGCGAGACGGCUGCUGGCGGCCGACUAUUGCACAUGAUGCAGCUGAUGGAUGUAUGGGAUGUGCUCGUUGUUGUUACUAGAUGGUACGGAGGUAUUCUCUUAGGACCGGAUCGAUUUCGUAUUAUAAACAACGCUGGCAAGGAUGCAUUGACAAAAGCAGGCUUUCAAAAAGAGGCGCCUGGGUCUAAAGACAAAGGCAAAAAGAAGGGCAAGAAAUGA